CUAUCUGUGCUCUAUUAUUUUAGUUAUCAGUAUACUGUUAAUACAUAAAAUUCUUAGAUUACAAGAAUUCCUCAACAAUUUCUUAAUAUCCAAUUAGAUAAAUUUACAUUUGUCAUGUGUCAAAAUAUUAUCAAAUUGAUAAGAUAAUCAGGUGGCAGGGAUUGAGAAUAAAAAUCAGGAAUCAAACAAGACGGUCAGAUCGACCGUAGUUCCUUUGCAGUGUAAUCAUGGCUGGUCAAAUGCAAUUGGUUUUUCUCUUGGUGAUUAUAGCUUUGGCGCAAGACAAUGUCACGCCUUUUGCAAUUGAACACAAUUUCCACGCUUCUCAUCAAUCUGCGAAGAUUGUACGUAAAGAUGUAAACCUCAAUGAAGCAGUUGACACUCUAUUGCCGUAUAUACAUACGUUUAUUUUGGAUAAUGGAAUGGAUCCUAUGAAACUCAUCGAUUUUUCCGAAGCAAUUUUUCCAGAGCUGCCUGGAAUAGCUAAGGGAAACGUCGACUUCAAAAAGGGAUGGAUGCAGAACUUGUCGAAAAUACAACGCAGCAAUGAUGUGACUGCAUCAUACAAGGAUAAACGUUUGAUAUUGGAUAUGAAUUUGGGAUUUAAUCUUUUGGACUUUAACUAUGAAUAUUAUUUAAAACAUAUGGUAUACGAAAGGCAAGGUGACGUCUAUGGUCGUUUCUACGAUCUUAAGAUUAACACCGUAGUAACGAUCGAUCUAGCUAAUUACUAUUUGUCUCUUAAUUCUCUCAAGUUUUCUGAAGUUUCAAAAUAUGAUCUUAAAUUCGAGGGUAACCUCGUGGAUCCGAUUUUGAACAUUUUGACUAAGAUAGUUACGGUAGUUUUCCGAAAAUGCGUAUUGCUAGCUAUUGAGGAUCACGCCACGCUAAUAUUUGGCGCAAAAAUUGACGAAUGGAACAAAAUGAUUCCGCGACCAAAUCGCACGAGGCUGAUAGAGGACUGGCUUGAUCGCUUUUCAAAAGUGUAACUU